AAUAACCACAUCAUCCUCUUCUUCUGUUUUUCUUUUAUCCCAAUCAAUUUCUCGUGUCCAUCCAGUACUUGUGCAAGAGAAUGAGGCAUCACCAAUCAGAUUGGAGCUCCCUUGAGGGCGUUGUAACCAGCCUAUUAGAUGGCAACCCCAUUGCCAUUCUAAUCACGGCCUUUAUUGCCUUUGGUCUGCCCGUUCUUCUACAUAUUAUUUUCUACCAGACGGUGGCAUCUCCGCCUGUGAGCAAUUUCUUGCUGCUUGGACCUAGUGGAUCAGGGAAGACAGCUUUAGUGACAUUGCUUGAAGCCAAAUCAUCUCUACUUGCCAAGAAAUCUAAAGCUACACAUACUUCCCAGGCGUCUACCGACACUACCGUUAGCCUUCCCGUUUCAGUUCCGACUGCCUCAAACCGCUUCCGAUCGGUAAACGACCCGUCGCUGAAAGAUGUCUCGAGAAAUCCCAUCAAGUACAAUGUCAGAGAUACCCCCGGUCAUGGAAAACUGCGGGGCCCACAGGGCGUGACCCAGCUUCAGUCGAUGUUGAGCGCGAAGGACCCAAGGAUGAGAGCACGCGGAGUGAUCUUCGUGGUCGAUACCGCGGCUCUCACUCAGGAUGAAACGUUACGGGACACCGCCAGCUAUUUACACGACGCCCUUCUGUCUCUGCAGAGACGAGCUCUAAGCAAGGGAAAAGCUGCCUUGAGAGUCGCAGGAGAGGUUCCUAUGCUCGUGGCCGCCAACAAGCAGGAUCUUUUCACUGCCCUGCCUCCCGGUUCGGUACGCGAAAAGUUGGAGUCUGAAAUUGACAGAAUCCGGAAAUCAAAGAGCAAAGGCCUCAUGGAUGCCAGCGUUGACCCUGGAACAGGGGAGGGCGAGGAUGAAAUCCUGGGCAAUGACAAUGUUCAGGAUCCGUUCACCUUCAAGCUCCUGGAGGAGGAAGUUGGCAUCAAGGUUGAUGUUGUCGGUGGAGCGGUAAAGGGAGACAAUGAAGAGAACAUUGGAUCUGGUGUGAGACGAUGGGAAGAAUGGAUCGGCCAGCGUCUGUGACCGGUCUUCAUUGAUUUGAGUUCUGGAUCCAUAACGCAGUUUUCUGCAGAAUACUUGCUACCGUACCCGAAUUUGCAAGCCAUAUACCACCAUAAAAUACGAAUAAUAUUGUCCCUUCGAGAUAUCUAAUUCACUGCGGCGGAUGUAAACACAACACCUGCCUUACUCUGACUAUUUAUUUUUGCUUAGUCUUCUUUAUCAGGCUUCUUUCCAGGUUCAUCUUGCCAAUUUGAUCCC